CCGGACACCCAUCGGACCGGACAGGCAGUAGCAGCCCUGGAUGAGGGCGAGCGCCUCAUUCCUCUCUAGAAGCUCGUAGUAGGCCUCGCUUUUCAGGUGGCUUCAUCAUGGAUGAAAUUGUUGCUGAGUAUAUCCGAAGAACUGUACUAAAAAUCCCACGAGAUGAAAUCAAGACAAUGCUACAGAAAUGGGGCUUUCUCUCUGAGACACAGCUGCAAACCAUAAACUUCCAUCAGAUAAAAGAGAACAUUUCUCAAGAUGUUGUUCAGCUUUGUGAGGAAAAUUCUACAAACAUAAAGCAAGCAGCUGUCCUAGACAUAAUUUACAACCACAUCUACCCAAACAAAAGAAUGUGGAGUGUUUACCAGAUGAACAAAAGAGGGGAAGAAACGGAAAUUUUUGACUUCACAGAUUUCAAAAAAAAAUUUAAAAGACGACUUCGCUCAGCCUUGAAAAAUGUCACCAUCAACUUUAGAGAAUAUGAGGAUAAUGCAAUCUGGAUUAGAGUUGCCUGGGGAACACUGUAUACAAAACCAAACCAGUACAAAGCCAGCUAUGUCGUAUACCAUUCACAGACUCCCUACGUCUUCAUUUCUGCCUCGACGCUUAGGAGCAACUUGCCUCUGCUGUGUCAGGCCCUGGUUGUUGCUUCCAAUUACCAUGACAUCCGUGAAAUGGAGCUUCGAAGUCAUUCUUUAAACUCCCUUAAAGAUAUUGUGUUUAAGAGAUAUAGCCAGAACUUCCAAACUUAUUGUCCGAGACCUCUACAGGAAAGGAAUGUAGCACCAGAAAGUGCAGAUUUAAGGAUAAUUCAUGAAAACAAAAGUGAGAAAGAAAGAAUACUGAGAGUGAAUCGGGAAGUUUUUGGUGAUGGUCCCCAACCAAAACUUGAAUUUGCACAAUAUAAGCUUGAGACGAUGUUUAAAAGUGAUCCUAAAAUAGAUGUUUUGGAUAAAAGAGAGCCAUUCAGAUGUCUGGUCAAGUUUUCUAGUCCACAUCUUUUAGAGUCGCUGAAAUCCUUGGCACCAGCAGGCUUGGCUGAUGCACCGCUUUCGCCACUACUUACGUGUAUACCACAAAAAGCUAGGAAUUAUUUUAAAAUUAGAGAGAAAAAAGGUGUAUUUCCAGGAAGCUUUGUAAGCCCUUAACUUAAAACUGAUUCAUAGAGAAAUACACAACUCCUUUAUUACUGGUAUUAAUCUAAAUCACCAUAAACUUUAAAAUGUAUUUUAAAAAAUAACUUAUUCGUUGAUAAUACCUUAAAGUUUUUUCCAAAUUAUGGCUUCUUCCACAUUUCUCUUUAGCAGAAAAGUUAGCCUUUUCCAUAAAUAAUAAAAAACUGUUAGCUGCAAAGUUUAAAAAGAGAUCGUGGUUAUUGUAAAUUUACAUGUGAUGACUGCUCUUAACUGUAUUUUUAAUGGUAUUUAUGAAAUUAAAGCUAGCUAAAGCUUAAUAAAGAUACAAUAUGACAGCUGUAGCUGUUCAGUUCACUGUCAUAGCUGUAGGUGGCUGCCUCACUUCGGCUCCAGUGCAGCAGUGUAACAGAAUUCCUGCCCCACUUUGAACAUAUAGAUUGUCCCAUUCGAUGAAGGGGAGUACCUGUCUGCAGGGCAGGCAUGUUUUUAUCUUAGUAGAUGAAGAUGAUAUUCAAAGACCGUUACAGGGCAUGGAGAAGAGACUCUUGGAAUAUAGGUGUCAGUAUGAAGUUUCCGUCCAGCUUUAAUGGAUAAGAAUUCAGAUCCAGAGUUUUUGCUCAAAGGCAACAGCCAAUAGUAAAUACUUAAUUUAAAAACAAAAAAUUGUCUAUUGGUAUUAAUGUCUUCACAAAAUUUUAUCUUGGAGGAAUACAAUGAAGCGGGCAAUAAUUUUCUUUAGAGGAAGUCCCUGUUUUAGAGUAUUUCAAUUAAGAGUGGAUCCUUCUGUAGUCCUUGCAUGUUACCACUUUGCUGUGCUUGGGGAUGUAAAGAUUGCAGAAUCAGGGUGGCCCUGUUCACUAAUGCAAACUACGGCUUUGCAUUGGAGUUCUUCAGAGUUGGU